UUUCCCGUCUAUUUGUUUCAUCUUCAUCCUCUGUGGGUUGAUUGUACCUCUGCAAAAUUCCCCCAAAUUUUCUUCUUUCACCCCUUUGGAUCUCUAUAAAUCUUUCAUAAUUCCUCUCUACUUUCAAUCCCCACGUAGCUUUUUUCAAUUUAAUAACCCCUUUCAAUUUAAUAACCCCAUUCUUUCAAUUCAAUUCAUAAUCAACAAAAAUAGAAAUAAAAAUAGAAUCUUGUAGACGUAAUCUAACGGGGUUUGAUCAAUUUAGGGUUUUUUUGUAAUUAAUUUGUAAUUGGGUAUUUUCGUGUAAAAAAGGUAUUUUUUUGUUGUAGAGGGAGGAUGGAUUGCAGGGUGUGUCCGGUGAUAGGGGACCCAUGGUUGAUGAUGUCCGGCGGUGGUUCCGGCGGUGGUAGUGGUGGUGUAGGGGGUCAGAUGUUGGGUGGGGCGUUUAGUCAUGAAAGUGAACAUGAUUUAGCGGCGAUGGUUUCCGAUUUCUUGGAGAAUGAAAGUAGUUGUGGGGCUGAUUCACGGUGUAGUAGCGAUAGCGAUUCUGGUUUCUGUGAACUUGCUCAUCUUGCCGACAAGAUUUCGUAUUACAAAGUUUUGCUAGAUCAACAUGGGAUUGACAUGCUGUCAGUGGUUAACUCUCUGAUUUUGUCGAUCAACGCUAUGGACCUUGAAUUUAUGAGAUGCGGAUCAUGCAAUACUAGUUGCAUAAGGUUCUCUCUGGUCAAACUUCUCAGGCUUUCUGGUUAUGAUGCUGCUGUAUGCACUUCAAGGUGGCAGGGCACCGGAAAAGUUCCCGGAGGGGAUCAUGAAUACAUCGACAUAAUAAACUAUAACGACUCUGGAAAUUCGGACCGUCUAAUCAUUGACAUCGACUUUAGAAGUCACUUCGAGAUAGCUCGAGCCGUUCCGUCCUACAACCGGAUAUUAAACUCACUUCCUGUUGUUUACGUCGGACCGUUAACAAAGUUAAAACAAUUUCUUCAAGUAAUGGUGGAAGCCGCCAAAUCAUCGCUCAAACAAAACUCCAUGCCACUUCCUCCAUGGAGAUCUCUCGCCUAUUUGCAAUCCAAAUGGCACUCCCCUUAUCAACGACAGAUCCACCCUGAAUUAGACCCCGUUUCCGACCCUUUUGAUUGCCAACGCAAACUCUGUAACGGGCACCUGAAUCGGCUCAAGUCUUUAAUCCAGUUCGAGCUGGAAACAGAUAGGAACCAUCUAAAGAAGCCCGCGGGUCGUGUUAAGGUUGAUAGGUGGAGGAUAAGAACACCCUGAGAGAUGUAAAGUAUUUACACGGUUAAACACGGUAACUAAUAAUUUAAACCCGUCAAGAUUGGUGCGUUUUUCUGGCCUUUGGAAGUUCUGAUGGGUGGUGGUAUACUUGUUUUUUGAUUUACACUUGUCACCUGAAGAUAUUUGGUGACUUUAUUUAUUCAAAAUUUAUUUUAUAGUUUUUUUUUUUUUGGAUUUUGUUUUUCGUCUUUUGAUGAUGAUCCGAUCCUCAGUGUUUUGUUAUGUGGAUCCGAAAAAGUUUUGGUUUGUUGUUUUUUUUAUACUUGAAAUUUGUUUAUUUUGUUGAGUUGUUAUAAGAGGUUGGUUGGACAAUCAAAUGUAAUGUUUUUUAAUUUAAAGAUGGUAAAGUUGGAUACAAAA